AAACAAAUCCUUAUGAACUCCAACCCAAAGUGAAAAAAGUUGGUGCAAACCGCAUUAAAACACCACUUAAAUCUAACUCUCCACGCUAAAAUAACAUUUACUAGAUUAAACUAAGUUUCUUUUCAUAUUUUUUUCCUCUCUGACAGGCACACAUCCACCAAACUGUCCAAAUCUUUUCUUUUUAUAGUUUUUUUCCUUCUCUCUCCUAAAAAAGGUUCUGUCCGUUACUUGGCACUGUGACUCUGUGAGAUGUCUUCGUUUCUUGUUUUCAUUCAAUUUAUUUAUUAUUAUUAUUAUUGUUUUUGGUAUCAGUUUUAUUUUGUGCUCAAUAGCUUAUGUAAAUGUUAGCAAAAACGGUUCUUUCAAACAUGGAAAAAAACAAAACUUUGUAAAGUUGAGAACUUUAGUUUUGAGGAAAAAAGGAUUGCUUUGCUUCUUUUUACCAAACCCAAUUCUGGGUUUUACCAAAUACAGCCUAAGAAAACGAAUCCUUGCUUGUUUUACAUUGUUUGUGGGGCUAUUUGUUAAUCUAACUUCCCUUUUCUGCUUGCUUCAAGUAAUCUGUCUAUCUCUUAAUAUAAUAAGUUUCAUUUUUUUUAUUACUUUAUUUGGUGCUUAAUUUUCUUCAUCACCAUCGUUGAGGGAGCUUGUUUUGGAGAUUUUGUGAGAUUUGGUGCUUUAUGGGAUGGGGAUAUUGAUGCCACUGAUUCUCCUGCUUGCCAAACUCUGCAUCAUUGGCUUUGCUUUAGUUGUUCAAGGAUCUUCAGGGCACGAUGCAUCCCCAUUUCCAGCAAAGUUUUUUUUGUUUCCUCCUACGGAAGGAAUCCCUGGUGCUGUCGAACAAAGAAGCGAAACACCAAGCACACUAUCUCAGCCAAAUGGGUCAGAUUUGCAUUCUCCUCCUGCACUGCCACCUCUUAUGUCUGCCCCAAUGUCUGAAACAACUGAGCCACCACCAACACAUAAUACAGAUCUGCCACCCUUUACUAUUGAAGAACAAGUACCAUCCUUGGCACCAAGGACUCCAGUGGUAUCACCACCAUUUAAUACAGCUCCUCCGCCUCUGCUUGUUCAAGUACACACACCAUCAAAGUCACCAACUGGUCCUCAGAAAAAGGAACCAGUUGGUAAGUCUCCUUUCUCAGUGCCAGAUGCUCCAGCUCCAGUUGCCUCUCCUUCAAGGAAUUUGCCUCAAAAUUCAUCGGCUACCCAUCCAUUUCCAUCAAUAACACCGCCAGAGAAUUCUCCAGAAAAUUCACCACUUGUCCAUCUAACUCCGGUUGCACCACCAUUGAGGAAUUCACCACAAAAUUCCCCAGGCAUUCGCUCCAGUAGGCCAAGUGCUUUACCCCCAACUGCUAAUCAAAGAAAUUCAUCUAAUAAUAAGGCCCCUGUUCAGGAGCCAACUGCUUCAGCUCCAGUAGCAUCACAAUUGAGAAACUCACCACAAAAUCCCCCAGCCGUUCACUCCAUUAGGCCAAGCGCAUUGGCCCCAACCCCAAGUGCUAAUCAAGGAAAUUCAUCAAAUAACAGGGCACCUAUUUUGGGGUCAAUUGCUCCAGCUUCAGUUGCAAUAAAUUCAUCACCAAAUGAAACAGCCAUUCACUCCCAAGGGCCAACUGCUAUACCACCAAGUGCUCCAAUUCCGGAGCCCAUUGCUCCAGUUGCAUCUCCCCCAAGGAAAUUAGAUAGGACACCACCACCUGUCCGCUCAAUCAUGCCACCGUCCAUUUCACCAGUGUCAGUUGUAUCACCGUCAGGAGGAUCACCUCAUAAUACACCAACCAUCCACCCAAAUGUGCCAGGAGGAACCCCAUCUCAGUUACCAGAUGCUGAUAUUCCUCCUGUUCCAACUCCACCCUCAAGCGUCAACUGGAACAAUAAUGGAAUACCUGUUGCAUCACCUGCAAACGAGAUAGGCAAGCCAGUUCCACCUGUGAACCAUACCCUGGAAAAUGGUUCUUCGCCAGCCAUAUCUCCUGCACUGACAGCUAUGAGACACCCUGGUAAUUCUACCGUUCCAGCUCUUGCUCCUUUGAAUGAAGGGUAUAACUCUCCAGCAUCGUCACCUGUAAUCUCGUUUCAUAAGCAUCAACAUACAAGAAAUGCAAGAACCAGUCCUGCUCCGGCAUCAUCAUUCCUGAUUUCACCUGCGCCUUUGAAACAGCAAGGUCCAGUCAUCUCUCCAGCAUUGUCGCCUUCAAUCUCAUUUCAUAGGCAUCAACAUACACGAAAUGCAAGAACCAGUCCUGCUCCUGCAUCAUCAUACCUGAUUUCACCUGCGCCCUUGAAACAGCAAGGUCCGGUCAUCUCUCCUGCAUUGUCGCCUUCAAUCUCAGUUCAUAAGCAUCAACAUACACGAAAUGUAAGAACCGGUCCUGCUCCUGCAUCAUCAUACCUGAUUUCACCUGCGCCUUUGAAACAGCAAGGUCCUGUCAUCUCUCCAGCAUUUCUUCCGGGAAGAAGGCGAACGCACCAUGCUCCUGCACCCCUUCAUCCUGUUUCCCCAUCCCAUUCUGCUAUUCCUUCAUCGGUAAGCACUGUUUCUCCUGUUCCUUCACCAUCUCCAUUGACGGCAUCUAGGCAGACCAAAAUGCCACUCAUCUCCCCAAAAGUUUCUUCUUCUGUGUCUCCAUUGAGGAGUCCCAAGGUGCCACCUCCACCACCAGUUAUGUCAUUUCCACCUCCACCUCCUAAUGAAGAUUGUUCAACAACUAUUUGCACUGAACCUUAUACAAAUAGUCCGCCUGGAUCACCAUGUGACUGUGUCUUGCCAAUGCAAGUUGGAUUACGCCUGAGUGUCGCACUGUAUACUUUCUUCCCUUUGGUUUCUGAGCUAGCAAAGGAAAUUGCUGCUGGAGUUUUUAUGAAACAAAGUCAAGUUCGCAUUAUUGGAGCUAAUGCUGCUAGUGAGCAACCAGAGAAAACAGUUGUCCUUAUUGACUUGGUACCGCUUGGUCAAAAAUUUGAUAACACCACUGCCUUCUUAACUUAUCAGAGAUUUUGGCAUAAACAAGUUGCUAUAAAAACUUCAUUAUUUGGGGAUUAUGAAGUAUUAUACGUGCACUAUCAUGGUUUGCCUCCUUCUCCGCCUUUGCCACCUUCUGACAUUGGUAUAAUUGAUGCUGGACCAUAUUCUGGUAAUGACAACAAUGCAAGGGUUAUAAAGCCCUUGGGUGUUGAUGUGCACGGGAAGCGGCAUAAAUUUGUGCUUGGUGGUGGCGUGAUUGCUAUAAUUGUUCUGUCCAUGUUGGUGGCUAUGGUGUUAUGCUCCACCAUUGCAUGGUUUUUGGUUUUCAAACGUGGGGAUCACACCAGUCAACAAGCAGUGACUCCACAACAUCCCCUAACAUCUCUUGCCAAACCAUCAGGUUCUGUUGGGUCAAUGAUUGGAAGUGGUCUAAGUUCCACAUCACUGUCAUUUGGCUCUAGCAUUGUAGCUUAUACAGGAUCUGCUAAGACCUUGAGUGCAAGUGAGAUAGAAAAAGCCACUGAUAAUUUUGAUGCUUCAAGAGUACUCGGGGAAGGUGGAUUUGGUCGUGUUUACAGUGGUGUUCUUGAAGAUGGAACUAAAGUGGCAGUCAAAGUUCUGAAGAGAGAUGAUCAACAAGGUGGCAGGGAAUUCUUGGCUGAGGUGGAGAUGCUUAGCCGUCUUCACCACAGAAACUUGGUGAAGUUGAUUGGCAUAUGCACAGAGGAGCGCAACCGCUGCUUGGUUUAUGAACUCAUUCCAAAUGGCAGUGUUGAAUCUCACUUGCAUGGAGUUGACAAGGAAUCUGCACCACUUGACUGGGAUGCCAGGAUAAAGAUAGCCCUUGGUUCUGCUCGUGGAUUGGCUUAUCUCCAUGAAGAUUCAAGCCCACGUGUCAUACAUCGGGAUUUUAAGUCAAGCAACAUCUUGUUGGAGCAUGAUUUCACACCAAAAGUGUCUGACUUUGGUUUGGCUCGAACUGCCAUGGAUGAGGAAGGCAGGCACAUAUCAACACGUGUCAUGGGAACUUUUGGGUAUGUGGCUCCUGAGUAUGCAAUGACCGGCCAUCUUCUUGUGAAGAGUGAUGUUUAUAGCUAUGGUGUAGUCCUUCUUGAGCUUCUGACAGGGAGAAAACCUGUAGAUAUGACACAGCCACCUGGUCAGGAGAAUCUAGUUGCAUGGGCCCGUCCCCUUCUAGCAAACAAAGAAGGGUUAGAAACAAUUAUAGAUCCACUUCUAGGUUCUGAUGUCCCUUUUGAUAAUGUGGCCAAAGUAGCAGCAAUCGCUUCUAUGUGUGUUCAACCAGAGGUAUCACACCGACCUUUUAUGGGUGAGGUUGUUCAGGCUUUAAAAUUAGUAUGUAAUGAAUGUGAUGAGGCAAAAGAAGUAGGCUCAAGAGGUUCUAUUCAAGAUGAUCUCUCCAUUGAUUUGGAUGCUAAGGUUGGUACUGGCUCAGGGCAGUUGACUGAUCCUUUGCAAAGCCAUUAUUCAAUUCCCAACUAUGACUCUUGUCUUGAUACUGAGAGAGGACUAUCAGUGUCAGAUUUGUUUAGUUCAUCGGCAAGAUUUGGGAGGCAGACAUCCGGGUCAUUGAGGAGGCACUGUAGUUCAGGUCCCUUGAGAACAGGGAGGGGAAGUCGAUUCUGGCAAAAAAUUCAAAGAUUGUCUAGGGGCAGCAUCAGUGAACAUGGUGCUAUGAUCAGGUUCUGGCCAGGUUCGCAUUGAAAAACCCCUCUUCCAUGCAUGUACAUGAGCCUGUCCCUUGAUUUUCUGAAUGUCAAAAUUUGUUGGCACCGACAGCAUGUGCUCCCGCGUGCUGAUUUAAAAGUUGUGCUACAUUUCGAAAUUGGGAAAUAAACAAGGAAACUCUGAGGAAUGCAAAAUUAUGCAGCAAGAUUCUUAAUCCGGAACUUCUGAAGGAUGAUAUUACUGCUAGUUUGUAAUUAACCUGAAUAAACGUCAGAUUGUCAACUGGAGGAGCUUUCAUCAUGCAGCUGCACUAUGACCAUAGAACGAAUUCUUCUUUUUCCUUGCACGAUGGAAACGUUUCAUGAUCCACAACCCAAAUUGCAUUGUUGGGGUUGUGUUUUCGUAAUAAGAUGGCACGAUUUUCCCAUUUUGAGGCUCAGAAUCUCUCCGAAUUCAGCUUUGAUCUUCUCUUCUUAGAAGAAAAAAAAAAAUUACUCGAAUUCCCAACACCCCCACCCCCUCGACACCUUUGUUUUUGUUAUGUGAAAUCACAUGCCACUCAAAUGUACAGAAUAUUUUGUAUCAUGAAAUGAAUAUCUUAGUAUUAAAACAA